AUUUGACAAUGAGUUCCCGUGCAAUUUGUGGAUGCACAGUACUGACAUCGAAUCCAAAAAUGGCACCUAACAAAGAAGACGAAACAAUUUGUGCUAAGGGAGACAAAAUUGUUAAUGUAAACACCAGCAUAAAAUCUAAAUUCGUCCAGCAAAUCUGCUCCAUUUUAGUAGUGGCGCGAAUUUUGGAUUGGUACCAGGAUUUAAAAAACAAAAAUCCACUGUUGGCCUUCGCUUUUUCUCCUAUCGAAUACUUGGUGAAAGGGCCGCUUUUGUUUGUUGCAGGACAGUUUGGACGACAUUUUUCAUAUAUUGAUGAGAAGGCUGCCCAGAUAAUUGCGACCAUGGCAGACACGGUUGGCCAGUUAUGUCAGAAAUCUUUAAAUAAGAAUACUGCAACUCCCACACAGAGAAGCAAAACAAAGUGUGUAGUGAGAUCUAUUCCCGGUACAGUGAUCACAUGGUGUGUGGACGUAGUAUGUAAUCUCUCGGAACGAUUACUUAGAAAAUUACAGACACUUAGUCGACGCAAACCAUCGGAAGACACCAUUCAGAAACAGUUUGUGGUUCAAGGCUUUCAAAAUCAUGGGUUUCUGUAUGUUAUCGUUCUUCCACUAGAAAUGUAUGUUUAUCUGCUGAGAUAUCUCCAUCGCUGGAUUCACAAUACAGAUGAUCUGUCAUUUCCACCACAUGAACUUUUAUCACCAGAAAAACAGGCUGAGAUUCAGUCAAGACGAAAGGUGUCUCCAAGAAAGAAAUCCAGAAACCUGUUAGUGCGUUUGUUUGGUUUAGGAAGACCAGGAAAGCUUCAAUCAAUUAGUGAGGAAAUGAAAGGCGAACUGUCGAAAAGUCCCAACAAGGAAGAUGCUGUUGAGAAAAAACGGAAGUUUGAGGAUGUCGAAGAUGAACAGGAAUCGGAUGAAGACAAUUACGGCCUGGCUGACCGUGAUCUUGAGAAUUACGUUAGUGAUGAGGAUCCUGAUUAUGAGCCCGAUAACCAUGACACUACCGACAGUGAGGAAUAUGCAGAGGGGCAGACGGAAAGCGAUAUCGAAUUUGAGUACAAAGACUCUGGUUACCAAGUGAUUGAAGAUAGUACCAAGUCAGAAACUAAAACUCAAGAUACCACGAGUGAUUUGAAACAGACUGUGACUCCCAAAAUAGUCGAGGGUACGCCACCAAUAAAAUCUAUCACUCUUCGUGGAAAGGCUGUAAGUAAAGGAGGUUUUCUUGAAGGCACACCACCUGCAAAAACCAGCAGUCCACGGGUAAAACCAGCAUCCAUUCCGAAUGAGUCCAAAUCCAAAGAAGAUUCCCUGACCACUGAAAAAAAAAUCAUUUUGUCACCCAGCAAGAGCAUCCAAUCGAAGUCUGCCUCUCCUCAAGUGAAGGUCAAAGAAGAAAGCAGCUUGAAUGUGGAAGAAAACGCAACUAUUCAAAUGCCAACGAAUAUUGGUAGUACCGAAAAGAAAGCUGUGCUACAGCCUGGAAAAAGCAUUCAGCUGAAACCCAGCUCGCCUCAGGUGAAGUCCAGAGAUGGAAGGGAGAAGUCGGGCCAGGUUAAAUCGGGACCAUUUCACGGGAAGUGCAAAGAUGGAGAAGAAAACGUGGGUCUACGAAUGCAGACGGUUACCUCUAGUCCUCAAAGGCUUACUCAGAAGAUAGAGAAGACGACAAAACAAAAGGGAAGUAAGAAAACUGAAAACCAGGAAUCUCUGAAGGAAACGAAAAACAAAGGAAGUAAGGGAAAUGAUGGCAGUGGAGACAAGUCAGGCGGGGAAAAGAUGAACGGAGAGAAGCCAAAAACGGAGACCACAAAUACAAACUUAACGGGUGGUGAUUUUGUGUCGAAGGAAAGUAAAAUAAAUUAAAACAAAAAAGGGAUUAACCAUAUUGAAUCCCAGAAUGCUUGUAAAAAAACGUUAUUUUUGAUUAGAACAAAUUCAGUGCUUUGUUUUGUGAGACAACACUAUUAUAUAUUGUUUAAAAUGAUGAGAAUGGAUGAAAGUGUAAAAUGAUUGUUAGGUUAGUGUUGAGGUAAACAAAUUCAAAAUGUUUUGUAACAUCUCGGGUAUGCUGUUUAAAAGGGUGGAAAUAGAUGAAAUGAAAGUGUAAAAUGCUUGUUAAGUAAACAAAUUCAAAAUGGUUUGUAACAUCUUGGGUAUGCUGUCUAAAAGGGUGGAAAUGGAUGAAAUGAAAGUGUAAAAUUCUUGUUAGAAGGUUAUUUUUGAGGUAAACAAAUUCAAAAUGUCUUGUAAAUCUCAGGUAUGCUGGUUUAAAGGAAGUGAUAAAUAACAGUACUGUGUAAUUUGAAAAAUAUGCUAAAUAUCUUUGUCUAUUUGUACGCUGAAUGAGAAUGCUAGUUGGUGGACGGGACAAACUGAUAUGAGUGCAUUUAAUGUUGAUAACUUUGUUAAUAGGCGUAAAUGUCUUUGUGAAUGUAUUUUAGGUGGAGAUUUUUCAAUGAUCUUUGGAAAACAAUUUCAAUUUCAAUUUCAAUUUCAAUUUUCAACUCUUGAUUAAAACCAACUGUUUAAUGACUGACGUAUGAUUUGUUUCUACUUUAAAUUAGUGGUGACUAUGGAAGAUAAGUAAUUGUCAAUAAAUAUUAUUAAAGACUAUUUUUGUUUAGAAAACUAAGUGUAAAUAUUUUUGUUCAGCCUACUGUAAAUGUAUUUGUGGACGUGGUAUUAAAGUGAAUUAUGAACUAUC